AUGUCCUGGGAUAGCAUGUUCUCUGGUGGCGACACGAACGAGAGGCUUAAAAUCGCAAUUCUCAAGUACCAGGCCGUACUCUGUACCAAGAAUCUGUACUCGAGGCCCAACCCUGUACCAUCUUCUCCAUGGUAUUCCACCGCCACCGCGGCGACACCGUUGGAUUUCUUGCUUGACGGAACUAGCGGGUUGUACUUUCAAUUCACUAAUACGCUCCGAUGGAAUGCUGUUGGAUGGUUUAUCAAAAAGCGAGGGCUUCACGAAGACUUUUUUCUGAGAAAAUCGGGAUGCGCUAUUAGCAACGCCUGA